UGGGAGAGGAGGGUGAGGGGUACUCACAAAGAUGUUGCGUGAUUUUUUGGAAAUUUAUUUAUUUAAAUAAAAAUGGCCGCCGCAGAGAGCGGAGAGGAGAGACUAGGUGAGGACAAGAAUGAAGACCAAGAGCGCUCAAAAGACAAGACGCAGAAGCAGAAGAAAAACAAAAGGGAACGGCAAGAUGUGGAAAAACUCGAGGCCACAGUGUCUGUUCCUCCACCCCCGCCCCUCCUUACGCAGGGGGAUGUUGGACAACAGACGGAGGCAGGGAAGUCUGAACCCACUGACCCUGAAGUUGGAGCUGCUCUCAGCGCUCCAGAAUCUUCUGCAGCGGCCAAGCAGCGGCGUUCCAUCAUUCGGGACAGAGGCCCACUGUAUGACGACCCUUCACUGCCUCAAGGGUGGACACGCAAGCUGAAACAGCGCAAGUCGGGGAGAUCUGCUGGAAAAUUUGAUGUCUACCUGAUCAACCCAGAAGGGAAAGCCUUCCGUUCCAAAGUGGAGCUCAUGGCAUACUUCCAAAAGGUGGGUGAUACCACCACGGAUCCUAAUGACUUUGACUUCACAGUCACGGGCCGCGGGAGCCCCUCUCGCAGAGAAAAGAGACCGCCAAAGAAGCCUAAAGUGGUUAAACCCUCCGGUCGUGGGAGGGGUCGGCCAAAGGGCAGUGGCAAGGUACGGCAGGCCACGGAAGGGGUGGCUGUAAAGCGUGUCAUAGAAAAGAGUCAAGGAAAACUCCUCGUAAAGAUGCCCUUUGCGGCCCCCAAAACUGAACCAGGGGCUCCAGUGGGGCAAGCACCAGUUGCCAAAGUGCGCAGAGGCCGCAAGCGGAAAUCGGAACAGGAACCGGCAAGCAUGCCCAAAAAACGUGGCUGCAAGCCAGCAGCUGCUACGCAAUCAACGGUGGGGACGGGCUCAGCCACUGCAUACGCCACCGCAGCCAUUCUCACCGCGGAGGCCAAGAAAAAAGCUCAGAAGGAGUCUUCCGUAAAGCCUGUUCAGGAGAGGGCACUUCCCAUCAAGAAACGCAAAACUCGAGAGACUUUAGAGGAGUUGGAAGGAUCCACCGCUUCCACAACGGAGACGUUCGCACCAGGGAUAGCAAAACGACUGACUGCAUCAACUGUGACCCCUACAGGGGAGGAGGUAGAAACGGGACAGAAGUCUCACAAGCAUCCUGGCCGGAAGCACAAAGAGGCAUCUACAGAUCCGGGGAACGGCAGCAGCAGCAGCAGCAGCGGGACGGCAACCAGUGGCAGCGGAUCGAAGAGUCACAAGAAGAGAGAUCAUCGAGGGCAGCACUUUAAACACCACCACCAUCAUUACCACCACCAACACCACCAUCUGCAGGCCAUGCCGCCCUCCACCUACACUCCGCAGGCUCACCAGCUUUCCCUGGGUCACUCCACGCAAGGGGGGCCACCUGCGACCAUCGAAAAUGAACCCCAGGACUUGAGCACCUCCAAGCCCAGAGCGGAGCAUGUGGCCUGCAGGGAGGAAGCGAGAACUGAUAGCUCCUCGAGCAGGGACGCUCAGAACGCAAGCAAGAUGGCCUCCUCUGACCUGAGAGGGCAGCAGACGACUGUGACGGGGGAUGGCAAGGAGCUGAGAGACAUUGUUCCUCCCUCCGCUGUUCCGAGGCCGAGCCGAGAGGAAACGGUCGAGUCCCGGACACCAGUGAGCGAGCCAGUGAGCUGACUGACUAAGUGACUGAUUGGCAGCGGCUUUUGUGCGUGAGGCGGAGGCAGAGGCGGUCAUGGCAAGACGAGUGAUUUUUUUUGUUCUUUUUUUACUGAGGAAAAAAAGAAAAAGUAUACAAAAAUGUAAACGUACUUAAACAAAAGGCAGCUGUUGUGUCUCGUUCUCUCUGUGGGUUGGAUGCGGGGGCGAUAAUUCUCUUGCUUCCGAAUGAAUUCUCCGCUAAACUUUUUUCUUUAUGGUUUCCUUUGAUUUCCCACUAUAUCUUUGUAUUAGUAUAUCUUAGCACUCACCUAAACCAGUUAUUCCUUUGUCGGAGCUUGUAGGAAGUAGAAACACACUCAAGUGGUAAUGGAUGCACAAGUCACACGCCAUAGUUGUCGUAAAGUGAAACUUUCCGAUCAAAAAUGCUCUCCAAAGUACUAAAAUGCCUCAUAGUCAUGUCAUCUCAACCCUAGCAAAAAGGUGUCCAAUCAGUGUGUUUUUCCUUUUAUGUCUAAAACGAAUGGGCUAAUCUGAUUU